GGACUUUUGCCGUUUUGCGAUAAAUAUAAGGAGGAUUUUGGCCGAAUCCUGUUGAUUACUGGCUUGCGGUUGACGGAUUUUUUAUGUGCACUUCCGUUUGCUUUUUGCGCCGUUCACAGAGUAUCAAUUGCUACCAUCCCAAUACUUAUCACUGCUGUAUUGUUGCUAACACCGCUUCCAUCAGUAAUCAAAGACACGCUAUGUUUACUUAUGAGCUACUACAUUUCCCUUCUCACAAUAUCCAGACUCUCGUUCAAUGCCUUCCGUGGAUUCAUUGAUUAUCCGGAUGUUUGCACUUUUCCACACGUAACGGAGUGGUUGUUCUGGAUUGGAUUAGUUUCCGACGAUAGUAAUCCUGCGUUGGUUUGUUAUUUCUAA